AUGUGCAGAUGUUGUUUCGCCUGGGCGCUCGGCAGCAUGCACAGGUACCGCCAAUCAGACGACGCCGCCGCCGACGACUCGUUCGUUUCGUCUCCGGCCAGCCAACAUGCCUCCCACGACGAGGACGAAUCCACCAACCAACAGGACCACUGCGCCCCAGAGAAAGACACUGGAGCAUUUGCUGGCCCCACGCCUAGUGGACGGAAAUUCCAUCUCAAGCUGAGCACGCUGUUGAACGGGCCGCAGUGGCGACUGGCCAAUCCAGCUUCACGGCGCGCAACCAGGGUCGAUUACCGCCUCACCAAGCCUCCAACGGAAAGGAAACGUACCCAAAGCCCUAGGCAGCAGCAGAGUGCAGCCGACGACAAUCAAGCUCCGCCCUCUACUCCUGACGCCAAGACUCUUACGCGCUGGAAAAACGGUCGCGCAGAAGAACAGAGACGUCAUUCAUUUAUUGAUUCAUUCGUUGGCACAAACGACGACCGCGCCCGCUGGAUCUGGGAGGGGCCGCCAAACCCACGUCUCGUCAACGAUUUUGACAACACAACUCACACAAGCCUAUCUCCAGCAUCUGCCAAUAUGCGCGCCCCAGGCUACAGCGCGCCCAAUGGGCCGGCAAACAACAUCGUGCAGGAAUACCUCUCUCCGGACGAAGGCUACCCUGCUAAUUACCCAGACUUCAAGGCGAUGACUGAUGCGGAGAAGAUUGAAGUCAUUGCACGCGAGGCGGAAGAGCAUGGCCUGGAGAGACCAAAGGGCUGGAACGUUUCCUUCCACUACAACCCACACGUGGAAUACCACCACUUUGGCAGCUCGCAUCCCAUGAAGCCGUGGCGACUGACGCUCACCAAACAACUGGUCCUUUCGUACGGACUCGAGUACACCAUGGACCUGUUCGAACCAAGACCGGCAAACUUUAACGAACUUGCCAUCUUCCACGACCGUGAAUAUCUGUCCUACCUCAGCAAAAUCACCCCCCAGAAUGCACAGCCAGAGGACCCCCAGUACAUCACAUACGGAUUUGGCGGCGAAUCCAAUGACUGUCCGGUGUUUGACGGGCUUUGGAAUUAUGUAUCCCUGUACACUGGUGCCACCAACAGCGCAGCUUGGAAUUUACUCAACAACCGAUCCGACAUUGCCAUCAAUUGGUCUGGCGGGCUUCACCACGCAAAGAAGAACCUCGCAUCAGGCUUCUGCUACGUCAACGACAUUGUCAUUGCCAUUCAGCUCCUACUGACGCAGCACCAGCGCGUCUUGUACAUUGACAUUGACGUUCAUCAUGGCGAUGGCGUCGAGCAAGCAUUCGAAUCAACAGACCGCGUCUUUACGCUUUCCUACCACAAGUACGGCAUUGACAAGCAUGGCUACCCAUUUUUCCCAGGCACGGGAAACAUUGACGAGACGGGCCCGACGGAUCCGCGGAAUCCGGGCAAGGCGCACAGCCUGAACAUUCCUAUUGAUGACGGAAUCGACGAUGACCAGUACAAGUGGUUGUUCAAGACGGUUACUAGUGCUGUGAUUGAAAAGUACAACCCAACCGCUAUUGUUCUACAAUCUGGCGCCGACUCGCUCGGUGGGGACCGGCUUGGUCGGUUCAAUCUCAACAUCAAAGCGCACGGCUUCUGCGUCGAGACAGUCAAGGCAUAUGGGCGUCCACUGCUCAUAAUAGGAGGCGGCGGAUACACUCCGCGCAACGUGGCGCGUACGUGGUGUCAUGAGACUUCGGUGUGCGUUGGUGCACAGCUGCACAAUGAGCUUCCGGCACACAUUCCCUAUCUACAGGCAUUCCAAGGGACAGAAAACGGCGACGGUGUCUUGUAUCCAGACCUGCACAACAUCAAACGCCACGAGAACCUCAACUCUCCGGCCAAACUCCACAAGCUUAUUGAGCAGGCACUGGAGAACCUGAGAUACCUCGAGGGCGCGCCUAGUGUUGGGGUCGAUACACGAGGCAUCCCUCUCGAGGAGAUUAUGAAGGUCAGGGAGAUGAUUGACCAGGAGCUGGAGGACGAGGCCGAGGACAGGGCACGUCUGACGGUGGAGAAUGGCCGGCGUAAGAAGGAGAGAAACGUUGGGGGGCGGCACGAGCGAAGAUGAUGACGACGCUGGCGUUGUGAGGACAAGUGACGGGCGUUUGGGCACAAUGUAGGGGGAGGGCACCCUGGAGGGGAGUACCCGUAAUAGCGUGCUGUAACCGGAUUUGGAUAGCAACAUGAGGGUUGGCGG